UACGAAUUGUUUCGAGAAAUGUACUGACUGGUUAAGGAUGAUUUGACAAUACUGAGAAAAAAUGUCAGAGGAUAAAUAGUCUUUUGAGUUGAAUGCUCAGUUAUUAAGCAAUUAUUCACAUGAAACAAAUAUGGUUGUAAUCAAGUCACAGCAUAUAUUAUUAUUAUUUUCUAUUCAUACAUUUAGACACAGUGGGCAACAGAGAAUGAUAUUGCUCUGCAAAAUAAUGCUAUUAAACAUGCAAAACGUCUGCCACUAUUCUUGCAAUUCCUCACUGAAUUGAACUUGUUACAAACUACACACCUGCGUUUACAAUUAGCUAUAUUUGGCUGCAUGGGAUUGCACGUGACGUCACUCUCUAUUGCUGACAUCACAUGGUGGAAAGAGGAGCUGUGGGUUUCUAUAAAAGCAGUGACACCUUUGAGUCCAAUCAAUGCCACAGAGAGAUGCGAGUAAACUUAAGAGGUAAAGAAAUCUGUUCGUUAUUUAUUUAGUGAACUCUCUGUAUGUGCAGUGGAUGCACACUGUACUUAUGGAAAAACGAAGUGUACACUUUUUAGUUUGUCGAGCCACUCGCACCUGUUAACCUGUCAGACAUGAAUGAUUCACUGAAUUUCAAUGUGUCAGAAGUGCGCCUGGACUAUCGCUCUCUCAUCACUUCGGCCACUAUGUUUGGCGUCGGAGUCCUCGGAAACCUCGUGGCGAUCGUGGUGCUGUGCAUCUCCAAGAAGGAGCAGAAAGAGACCACCUUUUACACUCUGGUGUGCGGGAUGGCCAUCACGGACCUGCUGGGCACCUGUUUCACCAGUCCGGUGGUCAUCGCCACAUACAUCGCGGGCAGGUGGCCGGGCGGAGCGCUCCUAUGCCACUUCUUCUCCUUCUCCAUGCUGUUCUUCGGCUCGGCUGGGAUGUCUAUUCUGUGCGCCAUGUCAGUGGAGAGAUAUCUGGCCAUAAACCACGCGUACUUCUACUCUCAGCAUGUGGACCGAGCCAUGGCUCGGUUCGCGCUGAUGGCGACGUAUCUGGCCAAUAUCGUGUUGUGCAUCAUGCCCAGUUUUGGUUUCGGAAAACACAAAAGACACUUUCCCGGAACUUGGUGCUUCUUGGACUGGCGCGCCAUGGACCCCGUCGGCGCAGCGUACACGUUUCUGUACGGAGGUUUCAUGCUGCUGUUGAUCGCCAUCACCGUCCUGUGUAAUUUCGCUGUGUGCCGUUCACUGGUCGGGAUGAGUAAAAUGAGUCGCAUGGUGAGGGCAGAGGUAUCCGGGCACGCGGGGUCCAGGCGCAGAUUCAAAUUAACAUCUGCGGCGGAGAUCCAGAUGUUCUGGCUGUUAAUUUUCAUGACCAUCGUGUUCCUGAUAUGCUCCAUCCCUUUAGUGGUUCGCAUUUUUGUCAACCAGCUGUAUGAUCCUGCUUACAUAUCAUCAGGCAAAAGUCCAGACUAUCGCAGUGAUCUCCUGGCUAUUAGAUUCGCCUCCUUCAACCCUAUACUGGAUCCAUGGGUGUAUAUUCUGUGCAGGAAAAACUUAUUAACUAAAGGUUGCACGCAACUCAAGCGUAUCAUCGGACUGAGGAAAGGGGAUCAUAGUCAUGUUUUGGUUUGGAUGGAUGGUCAGCACUCACCUCCGUCAUUUGCGCAAAGCAAUUGCACAAGUUAUGCAUCCUUGCGCACAGCCAGCUGUAGAAACGACGUGGGUAAACAGACCUGCACGAACACUAAAUCUUAUGUGGACUUAACCCUUCGCCAGGCAUGGGACUUUGAUACAGCCCUGGCUGAGUUUCAUCCUUUCAGCGUCGAGCAGAACGGUGUCAUGGGUUUUGAUGAAGACGAAGGAGCAUCAAGCCCCAAACUCCACACCAAGACUGUUGUAGUGCUACCAGCUGCUGAAAUAUUAGAAAACAAAGCUGAAAUAGUGACCUGCACUUUCAGUACACCAAGUUCAUGUAUAUCAGAAAAGUGCAUGAGACAAUGAUGCCAAUAGAGAUUCAUUCUUUAAAGCACUGUGAGAAAAAAAAAGACUUUUUCUCUUUUCUGUUAUUUUACAUUCACAAGAAAUUCUGUGAAUUUGCUUCAUUUUGAUUCCGAAUGAUCCUGAUUUUAGGAUUAAAUCAUAACACUUGUAUAUCUAUGUUUUGUUAGAUGACAUGGAUGUGUUUGAUAUAUGGUUAUGGAUAUGCUGCUUCCUUCUACUGUGCUGUGCCAUGUUGCAUGAUGGGUUGUACUUGAAAUGUGACUUGUAAAACUGUGAAUAAUUUAUUAAAGGUGCAAUUUAUUUUCAUCAUA